AUGGCCGCUCGCGCACUGCGUCGUUCCAAUCCUAUAACGCUCCUGCUGGGGCUCUUGCUCUUCCUGGGCUUUCUAAUCUUCAUGAUAACCCCUUCAUCACCAUCUGUUCCUAGGGUCGGGUCCAAAUCGCGAAAGAGCUAUUCGCCCUACGACGCACCGCCGGUAGUUCAUUACUAUCUCAACAAUCUCACAACCUCCAGCGAACCCAUCAAGAACCGCGAAAAAGUGCUACUCCUUACACCCCUAGCUCGCUUCUACGAUGAGUACUGGGCCAAUCUUAUGAAGCUCAACUACCCACAUGAUCUUAUCGAGCUCGGGUUCAUUGUUCCGAAGACACGCGAGGGCAAUGCCGCUCUCGUUAAGCUGGAGGAGGCGGUGAAGAAGGUACAGACUGGCAAGAAAAAGGACAGAUUCUCGGGGGUGACGAUCAUCCGCCAAGACUUCGACACCCCUGUGACCCAAAGCGAGAAGGAUCGCCAUGCACUUGCUGCGCAGAAGGCACGAAGAGCUGCAAUGAGCAGAGCUAGAAAUUCGUUACUCUAUACCACUCUUGGAACCGAUACCGCCUGGGUUAUGUGGUUGGAUGCAGAUAUCAUUGAGACCCCCCCCACUCUCAUCCAGGACCUUGCCAAACACGAUAGGGCUGUCAUUGUUCCGAAUUGCUUCCAGCGCUAUGUCGAGAAUGGUGUCAAAAAGGUCCGGCCGUACGACUACAAUUCAUGGCACGAGUCGAAUGACGCCCUGGACAUGGCAGCGAAGAUGGGACGUGAUGAAAUUAUCUUGGAAGGAUAUAAGGAAAUGGCGACCUGGAGGUCAUUGAUGGCCUAUGAGAGGCAGGAAGGCCAAAGUAUCCACACUGAGACGACAUUGGAUGGUGUUGGUGGGACGGCAUUGUUGGUUAAAGCGGAGGUGCACAGAGAUGGGGCUAUGUUCCCGCCCUUUGCAUUCUACAACCUCAUCGAGACCGAGGGUUUCGCGAAGAUGGCAAAACGAUUGGGACAUCAACCAUAUGGUCUGCCGAAUUAUUUGGUCUACCACUAUAAUGAAUAA